AUGUCCACCGUCAUCGCGUCCUCCCUCUCCGCGCGCGUCGCCGUCGCCGGCACCGCCCGCGGCAGUUCGACCCGCAAAAGCAGCAGCAUCGCGGCCAACCCUCGUUCGCGCCGAGCCGUCGUGGCGAUGGCGGGCCCGUCCAAGGACGCCACCAAGGAGACCGCGCUCACCAAGCCCUUCGAGGCCAUCGUGGAGGCGAGGAAUUCGCACCCCAUCGCCGAUAACCGCUCCGACUCGUUCGCGCGCACCUCGCACUUCACCAAGGAGUGCGAGAUCGCCAUCAACGAGCAGAUCAACAUCGAGUACAACGUCUCCUACAUCUACCACGCCAUGUACGCGUACUUCGCCAGGGAUAACGUCUACCUCCCGGGCAUCGCGAAACACUUCCUCAAGGAAUCGCUCGAGGAGCGCGGCCACGCGGAGCUCCUGAUGAACUACCAGAUCACGAGGGGCGGAAGGGUCGAGCUGCAGGCCAUCAUGCCGCCGCAGGUUGAGUACGACCACCCGGAGAAGGGCGACGCGCUCUACGCGUUCGAGCUGUCCCUGAGCCUGGAGAAGCUCAACAAUGACAGGCUGGUGGCGCUGCACAGGAUCGCCGAGGACGCGGAGGAUGCCGCGUUGCAGGACUUCAUCGAGGGCGAGCUGCUGGAGGAUCAGGUGAAGUCCAUCCAGGAGGUGAGCGAGUUUGUGGCGCAGCUGAGACGGAUGGGGAACAAGGGCGACGCGGUGUGGCACUUCGACCAGAUGAUGCUCAACAGGGAGGCGUGAGUCUUUUCCAUACAGGAGCUCGAGCCCGUUCGCGUCGUCGCAGCGCGGAGACGUUUGUCGCGGGGGACCGAGGGCCCCCGGCUAUGCCUUGUAUCUUUUCCUUGUGAUGAAAAAACGCAGAGACCGUUCCGCUCG